UCUCCAAUUCACAACAGAUGAGAUGUGUUUAUUCGCCUAUAUAGAAGGGGGGCAGGUUCUUAAGCAAUUUCAAGAGAGCGACGUGUCUUUGUUUGACAGGGUCCUCGAUCUCCUCUCUCAAAUGGUGGACAAAUUUGGCUCGAACUCAGAUAGAGAAGGCGACAACAAGUACGACUUCUCCGGAGGAGCAGCGACGAGUGCUUCGAAUGAGGAGGCAAGCCCUAUAAGAGAGCAAGAUCGCCUCCUCCCGAUCGCCAAUGUUGGGAGGAUCAUGAAGCAGAUCCUGCCCCCCAACGCCAAGAUCUCCAAGGAGGCGAAGGAGACGAUGCAGGAGUGCGUCUCCGAGUUCAUCAGCUUCGUCACCGGCGAGGCCUCGGACAAGUGCCACAGGGAGAAGCGCAAGACUGUGAACGGUGACGACAUCGUCUGGGCGCUCGGGUCCCUAGGGUUCGAUGACUACGCCGAGCCGCUCAAGCGGUACUUGAACCAGUACCGGGAAGUCGAAGGGGAGAGGGCCAGCCAAAGCAAGGCCACGGCCAGUGAUUCCAGAAACGAGAGGAAUUCGUACGGAGACGAGUCGCUGGAGAAGCAGCCAGGUGCCGCCGCCUCCUCGUUGCCUCUGGAGUUCUUCGACGUGGCUGGCAGGAGCACCAACGGCUCUUUCUCCAAGAGGUUUUGAGAGGUAAACCACAUCUUGGGAAAUCAAUCUAACUAAAACGAUAGAUUUUUAGGUUUUGCUAGUUUAUAGCAUAUGUACUAUGUGAGGCAAUCUAAAAUACAUAUGCUUGUGGUGGUGUGUGUUGCCGGGCAACUCAUGAUUUGAAUCUUAGAAUUAGCAUAGAUUUCCUUUUCACUGACUGUUGGUAGAUGCAGAAUUAUUAUGUACAAUUGAUGAAGGUUGUUAAUUGAGGACAUUUGGGUGCUUAAUUUGCAGCUAAGUUUUACUUGAA